AUGGAUAAGGCAGCUAAAAGAAAGUACUGUAGUAUGAUGAUGUUUGACGUUCCAUUACCUUCAUUUUCUAAAUCCAAUGAUAAAUCGGAUUCAUCGAACCAACUUACUAUUGACUAUACAACAUCAUUAGAAAAUAGUGCUAUUCGCACUCAAGAUAAUUUUAUUUUUACUUCAUUUUUGGAACCUAUUAAAGUUAAACCACAGCGUUUUCACAAGAAUACACGAAUUAAUUUGUUAGAACAAGAUUCGUCAAAAAGUAAUGAAAUUUUAAACGAACCAAGGAGUCAAGAAACUCGAAUACGUCGCCCACCGAACUCUUUCCUUCUUUAUAGGCAAGCCAGACAAUCAGAAGUAACACGUCUCUACGGAAACAUUUCAAAUUCCGAGAUAUCUAAAAUAUUAUCUAAUCUUUGGCAAAGUGAAUCCGAAGAAGUAAAACACUAUUGGCAAAAAAUAGCUGAUUUAAAAAAAUUAGAGCAUAUGGAAACGUAUCCGGAAUAUGUUUAUAAUUCAAAAUCGGGUACAAAACCGACAAAGAAACGUAAAUUGAAGGCCACAGAUUCAAAUAAUUUUCAAAAUUCAUUACCAAUAAUGCAAACAUCUCAUGCUGACCAACCCUCAUUUUUUUCAGAGUCAAUGAUAACAGUUGAUUCUAAUUCAAUUCCUUGGUUUUACAACCAAUUUGAAAAUCAAAAUCAAAUUUUGCCAUCCAUUUUUCCUAAAGACGAUUGUGAUUACAAUGUUAUUAAUGCACAUAAAGUAUUAAAUAGCGAGCAACAAUCACAAAUUGAAGCAACUGCUUCAAUGUCUUAUCCCUAUUAUGAUAAUACAUAUCCUUACUAUGAUUUUUAA